AUGGGCCUUAAAACAAUUUGGAAGAACUACAGAGUUAUUAUUGUUAUGGGAACGAGCCUUGUCUUGGUGCACUUGGGCUGGUAUAACAUGAAGUCCCAUCCUGUUUUCCAACCCAAGACAGAUGACUUUGUCCCCGAGCCUGGAAUCGUGACAUACGUGCUGCAAGCAGAGAAACAAAAUAAAGGAAAAUAA